AUCUCCAUUCCGCUAUACAAAAAUUCUUGCGCUUCGCCACGUCAGCAUCCUCCUCCUUCCUUCCUUCCUCUCCUCUCCACCCUUUCCUCCAAAAGCGGCGACGAGCGGCGGCGAGGAGAGGAGCCACCACCAUUUUGCGGUUUGCCCCCUGCGGUUUCGCGCAUUUGCGUUCCUCUCGAGUAGCCAUGGGCAUGGAGGAGGAGGGGGUGGCGCGCGGCGGCGGCGGCAAGAAGCUCGCGCUCGCCAGCAUCGGCUUCGCGGACGUCCGUGUCGGCGCCGUGGCUGGCGGCGGCGGCGCCGGCGCCGGCGGCGGGUACAAGGAGGACUUGUUAGUCGUGGGCCUGCCCAAGGACGACGACUUCGAUGUCGCCAAGGUCGUCGGGGACGUGGCCGUCGGGCUCCCGGACGUCGGCGCCGCCGUCAGGAAUUUCCUGAGGAAUAGAGAAGUUGGAGAAUUCGUGAGUGGGGCAUUAGCUGGUGCUAUGACUAAAGCUGUUCUUGCUCCUCUAGAAACUAUCAGGACAAGAAUGGUUGUUGGGGUAGGAUCAAAACACAUUUUUGGUAGUUUUGUGGAGAUCGUCGAACAAAAUGGCUGGCAAGGACUCUGGGCAGGUAAUACAAUAAAUAUGCUUCGGAUUAUUCCAACUCAAGCACUUGAGCUUGGCACAUUUGAGUGUGUCAAAAGGAGCAUGACAGAAGCACAAGAGAAAUGGAAGGAAGAUGGGUGCCCAAAUAUACAAAUUGGCAAUUUGAAAAUUGAGCUACCACUUCACUUGCUCUCUCCAAUUGCUGUUGGUGGUGCGGCUGCUGGAAUAGUUAGCACCUUAGUGUGCCAUCCUCUUGAGGUUCUUAAGGACCGCCUGACUGUCAACCGUGAGGCUUAUCCAAGUAUCGGCCUUGCCUUCAACAAGAUAUACCAAACUGAUGGUAUUGGUGGUCUCUAUGCUGGCCUCUGCCCAACACUAGUUGGCAUGCUUCCUUAUAGCACCUGCUACUAUUUCAUGUAUGAGACGAUCAAGACUUCUUAUUGCCGUGCACAUAAAAAGAAGUCCUUGAGCCGUCCUGAGCUACUCAUUAUUGGAGCUCUUUCAGGUCUAACUGCAAGUACAAUAAGCUUCCCUCUGGAAGUGGCGAGGAAGCGGCUUAUGGUUGGAACCCUGCAAGGGAAAUGCCCGCCCCACAUGAUCGCGGCCUUAGCUGAGGUGUUCCAAGAGGAGGGCAUCAAGGGACUUUACCGCGGAUGGGCCGCAAGCUCCCUGAAGGUGAUGCCGACCUCCGGCAUUACCUGGAUGUUCUAUGAGGCAUGGAAGGACAUUCUUUUGGCUCCAGAGCUGCACACCUAGCACUAGCAGUCUAGCAUGCCUGGAAUUGUUCAACAUGGCAGGCAUUGCUACAGAAUAAAUUUCUUGUGCUGUGAGGCAGUGUGGGAUUUCCUUCUUUUUUUUUUCUUCUUUGAAAUCCCACACAUGCCAGUCAUCUAGCUAAGAGGCCAUUUUGUGCCAAUGAUUAGAAGCAUUAGUUAAUUGGCUUUAUUCAACCUGGAUUGUUUAAGCCAGUAAUUGUUGACAAGGGGGGCAGACAUUCCAUGCCAUGUGGCUUGAGUUAUGCAUUGCCCCCAAAAUUCUGUGAAAUUCCCCAAGUAAUGAAGAAAAGGGGGUUAAUUCCCAGAGUAGCCUUUGUACGAAUGUGUGAUUCAGAAAUGCUAUCUGCCAUUCUUUUUCUGCAAA